AUGAAGGGGCCCUUGGGGGGCUUCCCCUCCUACGCCUCGCUGGCCCCCAGCCCCCCGGCCUUCAAGGGGGGCCACCCCCACGCCUCCUCGGCCUCGGCCUCGCUGCUGCCUCCGCUGGGCGCCCACUUCCCCCUGGGCACCCCCCACGGCAUCAGCGACAUCCUGGGGAGACCCAUCUCGGCCGCGGGGCUGCUCCCGGGCCUCCCCCAGAGGAUCAACGCCCUCAACGGCAUCGCCGGCAUGUACUUCAACCCCGCCGCCGCCGCAGCAGCAGCCGCAGCAGCAGCGGCGGCCUCUCGGUACCCGAAGCCCUUGGCCGAGCUCCCCGGGAGGGCCCCCAUCUUCUGGCCGGGAGUCAUGCAGGGACCCCCCUGGAGGGACCCCCGGAUCGCCUGCCCCGCAGCCCAGGCCGGGAUGGUUCUGGACAAAGACGGCAAGAAGAAGCACUCGCGACCCACUUUCUCGGGGCAGCAGAUCUUCGCCUUGGAGAAGACCUUCGAGCAAACCAAGUACCUGGCCGGCCCCGAAAGAGCCCGCCUGGCCUACUCCCUGGGCAUGACCGAGAGCCAAGUCAAGGUGUGGUUCCAGAACCGUCGGACCAAGUGGCGGAAGCGUCACGCGGCGGAGAUGGCCUCGGCCAAGAAGAAGCACGACUCGGAGACGGAGAAGCUGAAGGAGAGCUCCGGGAACGAAGAGGAGGAGGAGGAGGAGGAGGACGACGACGAGUACAACAAGCCCCUGGACCCCAACUCCGACGACGAGAAGAUCGCCCGCCUCCUCAAGAAGCACAAGGCGGCGGCGGCGGCAGCGGCAUCCUCCUCCUCCUCCUCGGGCUCCUCUUGCUCUGGGCCUCCGACGUUGUCUUUGCUCAGCAGCGGCCCCUCCAGCCACGUCCCCCACCCCUCCUGACUCCGGAGGGCCCUCUCCCCCAGGACCUCCCCCCUCCAG